AAAACCAGUUAAGUCAAGUGUAGUGUCAGUGUGUCACUACGAAGCUCUGUGAUUCUGAAGUUCUGAUACCGUCUUCUUCUUUCUCCCUUUCGAUUAAAGUUUCCAGAAAUGCUUCCACAGUUCUUCAGGCGCUUUUGAUUUACCUCUAAUUCCGGCUCAGAGGCGGAAAAACCGAGCCUUUACUGGAUUUCACCGGAAAUAGACUCAUCACUUAACAAUCCAGAGCUUUCUAGGGUUUUUCUCUUGUUCCUCUGUGUGGCUGUGUUUUUUUUCUUGUUUGGUUCGCUUGGGACAAAUCUUUUUAAGUCUCUAUUGUGUUUUCUUGAGUUUCUUUUUCAGGGUCGGUGACAUUUUCUUGAUUAUUGUAAAGAUAUGGACAGAAUCAGUGGGUUACCUGAUGAACUACUGGUUAAGAUAAUAUCGUUUGCUCCGACUAAAGUUGCUGUAGGAACUAGCAUUUUGUCGAAACGAUGGGAGUUUCUUUGGAUGUGGUUGACAAAACUUGAGUUUGGUAAUAAACAUUAUUCAGAGUCUGAUUUCAAGAGUUUACAGUGUUUUCUUGAUAGAAAUCUGCCAUUACAUAGAGCUCCGGUUAUAGAAAGCUUCCGUCUUGUGUUAAGUGAUUCAAAUAGAAAACCUGAAGCUAUCAAAAUGUGGGUUUUAGUAGUUGUUUCUCGCUACAUACGUGAGCUGAAGAUUUAUAGUUCUCAUUAUGAGGAGAAGCAAAACAUAUUGCCAAGUAGCUUGUAUACCUGCAAGUCGCUCGUGUUCUUGAAACUUGAUGGUGGGAUUCUCUUGGAUGUUCCUCGAAUGGUUUCUCUUCCCUCUUUGAAAACUUUGGAACUUAAAGAUGUGAUAUUCUUCAAUGAGGCAUCUCUUCAGCGGCUUCUAUCUAAUUGCCCCGUUCUGGAAGAUCUGUUGGUAGCUUUAUAUUAUCAUGAAAAUAUGGAAAAGCUUACUGUUAUUGUCCCAUCUUUGCAUCGUUUAUCACUCUAUAUAUGGUAUAAUUGUGAGUUUUUCAUAGAUACUCCUUCUUUAGAGUAUUUCACACUUGCGGAUCGUAGUAAUAGCAGCUCCUAUUUGAUUGAGAAUAUGCCUAAGCUGAUGGAAGCAUAUGUCAUUGUUACAUUCGCUGAUAUCAAGAGUCUCAUCGGAUCAAUCACAUCUGUCAAGCGGCUUACAAUAUCCUCUAAGGUUGGUUAUGGUGACGGUUUUAUCUUCAACCACCUUGAGCAUCUAACGCUAUAUGUAGGGAAAGAGUAUUCAUCGAAUCUCCUUGUCCGGUUCCUCAAAGACUCUCCUAACUUACGAGAACUAAUGCUCCACUCCAUUACGGAUGAUCAUGAGAAUACUGAUAUGUUUUGGCAUCAACCGAGUACUGUUCCUGAAUGCAUGUUGUCGAGUCUACAAAAUUUCACUUGGUCACAAUACUUAGGAAGACCACAAGACAGAGAUAUGGCUGUGUACAUCUUGAAAAACGCUUGUCGCUUAAGGACUGCAACAAUCUUGGCUAAUACACGUUUGGUUCCAAAAUUCAAGAUGAUAAAGGAGUUGGCACAGUCUUCUCGAGCUUCAUCAACAUGCGAACUCGACUUUGAGGAUGGGAGUUUUUAAGAUGUUUUCAUUUAUAUAAUAGGAUUCUAAUUUCUAUCUAGACCUGUCUGUUGUCCAACAAAGAUCCUAUAACGAAUGUCUUGUUCUUCUACUAUCUUGCUCGUAUGGUUUGUCUUCCAUCUAUGAAAACUUGUUUUCGACAGAAAAAGUGUUUAUGUAUAAUGGAGAUAUACCUAGUAUGUCGACAGAAAAGUUUCAAGCU